GUUUUGUCAAGGGAGGUAACUGGAAUGUUUUUAUUGUUCGUGUUCACAGUUCAAUUUUCAUUUUCAGGCCUACUCGCAGUUGAAUUUAAUUUAAUACGCAAGGUUUGACACUUGAAGUGCAAAGAUGGACAACUGUCUCUAUGAAACUAUGCAGUACUUAAAGAGAUCAUACUCUCACAUUCAAAGAAGCUAGUGACCCAAAUCAUCAUGUAAAAAAAUGGAUAAGGAUUCUGAGAAGAUAUUGAAAGAUGGACAACUUGAACUCACGGUAUCCAUAAAAAAUGCUGAUCAUGAAAACCCAUUGAUCAAUAUUUCAAAGACGCCAGCAGAAAUCCAAGGGCAAGGUCAGUUUCAGCCUAAUUUUCCUUCGGAUCAGGAAUUCGAGGAUAUACUGAACUUUUUGCCAAGCGAAUCUGUGAGAAAUGGUCUUAAAAAUGAGUUUUUAAAAUCAACACACGUAAAUAUUGAUCAGAGUGCUGCAGAAGGAAUGACAAAUAAUUCCUCAUUGACUUAUCUUCCUGAUAAAAAUAAUAGCAAUUUAAGACUGCCUAAUGGGUGUAACUUUGCAUCUGAUUUACCUUCGGAGAAGAAGGAAAAUUUGAAAGUAAGAAAUCGCAGGAAACCCCAGCACAGCAUGUCUAAAACAGAACUCUAUGAUCAUGAUGAUGACGGUUUGAGUGAUGAUAUUGAAAAAAUGUUAAAUGAAGAAGCAGCAGUGUUUGAGAAAGACAAAAUGACUCACAGCAAUAAUUCUGAUGAGGUAGAUUUAAGUGGCCUUGUUGGAAGAUACCAUCAGAGAAUAAAACCAGAUUAUGUUCAAGUUGCUCAGAGCACCAGUGUUGUGAAUGAAGAAAUAAGCAAUGACCAGGAAUCAAUACAGAAUGCUGGCUAUCAGUGCAAAUACUGCCAUAUUGUAUUAUACGAUUUGGAAUUGUUUGUGAACCAUUCAAUGACUCAUCAAACAGAAGAUGACGAUGAAGAUCUCGAUGAUGGCGGAUCAUCAAAUCAGGUGGAUGAUGCUUCAUUUCCUACAAAAGAGAACCAAAGGGACUUUGUUUCACUUCCCAUCAACAAUACUUCAGAAAGAAAUGUUGAUAACAGUUUAUCAUCGAAUCUAAAGCUAGAAGAUUCUGCAAAAAUGGCUGGCAUCGAGGAAACAAGACAAUUAUCAGAUAUGAAUAUUGGAAGCUUUGUGAAAAAUUUGGUGGCAAGUGAACAUAUAAAAGGAAAGAGGGGAAGAAAGAGGAAGAAUCCCUCAUCUUCAGAUGUUUUAAGUGGCCCCUCUGUCAAGUGUCCCAUUUGUUCCAAAGCAUUCAAAACAAGAAAUAAUUUAAAAACCCACAUGUGCAAGUUUCACAGUGACAGAAAGGAAAAGAUUCAGGAAUUCUUUGGGCAUGGUGAGAAAAUGAAAGAGAAAGCUGUUUGCUGUCUGUGCAGUAAAUGUUUUAUUUCUAAGUAUGCCCUUUUGAGGCAUAUGGACACGCGCCAUGUAGGAGAGACCUAUGUGAAAUGCCAUAUUUGUGACAAUGUUUUUGAAAAUGAUGGAUUACUCUUGGAUCAUGCAAAUAAACAUCACCGAGAUGGAAACACAAAACGAGAAAUGACUUUUUCACCUGCAGAACCUAAUGUCUGCAGGCAAACUGAAGAAAAUCCAGAGGACCAUUUUCAAAACAAGCCUAGAGAAUAUCACAUGGACCAAAACCACAUAAAUCUUUCAGCAGAAAUCCAAAACCAUACAAAACCAUUCAACAACCAUGCUCAAGAAAAUCAACAAGAAGAAGAGAACCAUUCCCUUGACACAAAUCAUGACCAACCAAAUCAUGGAAAACCACCAAGAAAGUGGGAAAAUGGAGAAGAAGAAAAUACCACCUCUCACUAUUUCCAGAAAGAUUCUGAGAGAUUUAUUGAAGACAAUUUGAAGCCCACUGGCAUUACCUGCAAUGUGUGUUUCCUACCUUUUGAUUCCCUGGGGAAGUUUGCCCUUCACUGUCUGACCUCGAGCGACUGUUUGAACUGUAAACAGUGUCCUGUGUGCCAAAAAGUCAUCAACUCCAGUCUAAAAGAGCACUUAAAAUCUCACUCAGAUGAUCGACCCUACCAGUGUGAGAUCUGCCAGGCCAGCUUUAAGAGGAACCAUCAGAUGAAGCUACACAAGCAGACUGUUCACUCAGACCUCAGACUCUACCACUGCGAACUGUGUGAUAAAUCCUUCAAACGACGCGACAAACUGACCUGUCACUAUAGGACACAUUCCGACGACCACCCCUUCAUGUGCACGGAAUGCGGCAGUGUCUUCAAGUGGAAACACCACCUCAAGCGCCAUAAAGACAAUGUCCACGCAGAUAAAGCCACGCAGCUGAAGGCUAGGAAGUUUUCAUGUGAUAUUUGUGGGAAUUGUUUUAAGUGGCGACAUCACCUUAAGAGGCAUUUGAGGAACGUUCAUCACGUGACCGAUGAGUCGUGGGAUCCGGAUGACAGCAAAACCUCCCUAGAUCUUAGUUUGAUGGAGAAUGAAAGUAUGGGUUUAACAAAUAAUGGGAAUAGUUUUAAUACAGAAUCAGAUGAUGAAAACGGUGAUGAAUCUUAGGUUUAUAUAUAUUGUGUUUUAGAAUGUUUGAAAUUGACUUUAUAGAUAAAUUGAUUUUUUUGUUACAUUUUGACCAUUUAAAUUAGAGAUGUGUUUAAUAGAAAUUCAUACAAAUUUAAUAUAAUGUACAGACUGAUAUAAAUCAUGAAAUUGAGAAAUUUAUUGUGGUCUUAAAUGAAAGUU